CAACUCGGAGAGGCACGUGUCUUGCGACACUAGAGCAUAAUGAAUAAUCAACAAAUUAUGAAAGCUCUACAAGGAAGACUUUAUCACAAUAAUAUAUAUUUCUUAGGCUGUCUUCCCGCUGACGAUGUAGCGAAAUUAAAUCUAAGGAGUGAGUCAGACAAGCCCAUUGUCUUUAUUGCUAAUGUGUUAGGCGCAUCGCAAGCUUCGAAAAUGGGUCACUGGGUGGUGUUCUAUGUUAGUGAUAAGUGUAUAUAUUUCUUCGACACAUACGCCCUGACCCCAUCAUUAUAUUCUAAGUACUUUCGAAGUUUCUUAAAUAAGCAUAAAGAUUAUCCUGUUUUUAAACUUGCCGCAAGAUUACAGUCGGACAAAACUCUGGUGUGUGGCGUGUAUUGCAUUCAAUUCGUAUACUUAUGUAAUAAAAUAGGCUUAGAGAGGACUAGUCAGUUUUUGAAAGAUAAUUAUGAUUUAGGAAAUUUUUUGAAGAAUGACAGAAAGGUGUUAACAUAUGCUUAUAGAAUGUUUAAAAUUCCCCCAUGUAUAAAAACAUUUUGUCAAUCUAGUCAAGGACUGACUUACAAGCAUUGUAUUUCUAAGAUAUGUGGCUAACUUAUUAAAUGUUACAAUGUGUAUGUGUGUGUAAAAAAUGUAGAGAAGUAGCAUGUAGCUUAUUCAUUUAUGGCGUGUGUGUGUGUGUGCAAUUAUAUGUAGUUAUUAAGAACGGGAUUCUGUUUUUUUUUUUUUCGUGCGACGUGACCGGGUGGGUGUGAGUUUGUUCACGCUUUCCUAUUGUUCGGAAGAAGAAUGGCUUGUGGUUUUGGGCAUGUGCGCGCGUGUUUGCAUACAUGUGUAGGCGUGUCCCCUAUAACCUGGGGUAGCCUCGGAAGAAGAAAAGGCUUGUGGUAGUGUGCGCAUAUGCCCCAAAUAACCCCGGGUAGCUUAGUCAGUCCCCUAACGUUGCGAGAGGAGCGUCAUGGAGGAAGUCUUCGCCGUCAUGAACUUACAACAACAACAGCCCCACGUUGCCGCUGCAACUCUUCAUGCUGACGAUGUUGACGAUCAGAUAAUGGGUCAAGCCGCAUUAGAAGUUGAAGCCAUGGAUAACACAUCCCAAGCUGAAGCCGUGGAUAACACAUCACAUCCCAGAAACGGAGCGGAUGUUGGUGGUGGUGAGGUGGGGGAUGUUCCAGAAACUCCCAAGUCUACCGGUGAACACAUCACGGGCGAGUCAUUGGGCAACAACAACCGCGGCGCGUUGGGAGGUGUCGGUAAAAUGGGGCGGCGUGUGCUGAGGGAAGGACUUCUGCGACUUCUGAAGGAUGUGAUACCUCCAUUACCAGUGUCUCAUCUGAAGAACGACCCACCGGCCAGCGUAACGCAUAUCCACGGCAACAACAACAGACACGCUUCGGUGAUGGUGUGUCUUGACUCUCCGUCGGGCGCUGAAUCGCGAGAGCGGCGGCGAAGUCGUCUGCAGCAAAAAGAUCAUGAAAUGCGUCAAUCACGACUGGAAAAAAAAAUGCAGCAUAUGGCGGAAGUGUUGCGGCAGCUCCAGCAGCAGGGGCGUAGCGAGCAGCAGGAGACGCACCAGAGACGACAAGAUCGCGACCGGGGACAAGAACGGCGGCGAAGAAUGACAAAGAAUAAUUUGCCGAAGCAGCAAGAACACCGGGACCCAAGACUGUCUCAGAAGAGCCUCCAUAAAGUUGGGAGAAAAAAACUUCAGGUGGCCAAACGUCAGGCGGGUCUCUUCUCCUCAGCAGCGGCGUACGGUCGGGGAAAACCAAUGAAAAAAAAUCUCUCUGUGACCAAGAAACUCGUCUUUGAAGACCCACCAGCGCGGCGUGCAGCAGCUGCGGCCGCUGGAGAAAAUCUCGCGCCACAACCGGGCCCUUCCAAUGCGGCUCGUGCGGACGAAACAAAUGAAAGCUUCUCAAGCACUGACCUUCCUUCAGCUUUCAAUUCUUUGAAUUUUUCUCAUAGCAUGGACGUGAAUAAUAUUAUAAAUGUUCUUGAUGAGAGUCCUAUAUUUAGUGCUUAACAAUAUUUUUUUAUAUAUAUGUACUCGCUCUGUGUGUAUUAUUUUUUAUAUAUAUGUGCUUGUGUUGUGUAUUUUUUUUUCUUCAUUGGUAUAUGUACUCGUGUUGUCAUCCUUUUAUGGGCUGUCUUUGGGCAUGUACGACAUAAGUUUGUAAUAUGUCUCUUUCAAUUAGGAUUUAUUUUGGGGGAGGGAAAAAAAAGGGUAGGAUGGGUGGGUUUCCAUUGUAUUUCUUUGAGCCUGUACGGUGUGAGUUUGUAAUAUGUCUUUUUUUUUUAUGGCGAUUGUGUGUUUUAGUUUUUAGGCUUAGCAUGUAUUUAGUCUGGAUUAAGAAAGAACAAAUUAGCCUGGAUUAAGAAAGAACAAAUAAAAUAGACUAGUAGGCUUAGCAUGUAUUUAGUCUGGAUUAAGAAAGAACAAAUUAGCCUGGAUUAAGAAAGAACAAAUAAAAUAGACUAGAUUAAGGUAAUAUAAUAACUUGUCAUACCAUUUUUUCCACUAUAUUUCAAUAAAAAUGUAUAAAAUCUACUUUUCCCGUUCCUACCCCUCACUGAAAAGACAAUCGAUAUAACUCCAGUCAAUAUGAAAAUCAACAGUAACACACGCACACACACACACACGCAUAUGCUGGCAAACUGAAAAAUCAA